AUGUCCGCGCUGACAGACUCCUCAAUGCUACAUCAUUCUGACGUAACCAUCGCUAAUUACAGCCAAUAUCACUUCUCCCCUACAACUGAGGGGGCAGCUACAUCUGAAUUGGAUAUUCAGUGUGAAAUAACCAUUGUCAAUGAACGCCGCAAGUCCUCAGCUCUGCCUUUUACUCUCAGCGAGACCAAGAAUAAAGACUGCAAGAUUAUAGUGUCAGUUACCAUAUAUCACUUGCAGAGCAGCAGUUCCUGUGUUUCCUUAGAUCAAAUGAAUAAGUCACAGGCUAUAGAAUUGCUGGGUUCAUUUCAGCAUUUUUGUUACCGCAAGAACAAAAUAGACGACUUCAGAAGAGCAGCAAAGACGAUAUAUGGCCAGGAAUGGGAUGUAGAGCUUGACUCUGGGCAAAGGAUGCAAUUUUUCUGUACAAUUUGUAACAAGAUUAUGAACCAUGUAAAGUCCAUGUGUGAUCACAAUCGAUCUGGAAGUCACUUGAAGAACAUAUGUACCUAUAAGCCACGUGGAGUGGCUCGGAAGUACUUAAACUUACGUGACAUGCUGGAGAGCACAAACGCCAAAGCCAUCGGUCUCCAAAUGGUUGAGGAGUUUUAUGUACCAGGGAAGCUCUAUUACAAGUGCAUUUUGUGUGGAUAUCAUGAAAAGAUGGAAGCCAUGUACAAUCACGUGGUUGGUACAGAACACACUGAUAAAUAUAUUAAAAUGAGAGUGGACUGUGGUACCCAUAUUAUGUCAUUAAAACAGCGAGAGGAUCUUCGUACUUUUAUAGUUAAUGAAGAAGGAAUUCGCAUUACUGACAUAAGGCAGAUAUUAGGUGAGAAGUAUUUCCCUUAUCGAUGGAUGCUGGAUUCAUCAGAUUAAUGGUACGAGAAAGUAAUUGUCUCUGUGUAGUUGUAAAAGAAAUCAAUUGUAAUGUGAGUGAUUAAAUAUUGCCUCUUUAUGUAUUUCUUUGUUACUUUUGGAACAUGGAUGUUGCAUUUUAGUUUUAUGUUUUUGUUAAUUUUUAUGAUAUGCUGGUAUUAGAUAGAACUGAGAUGAAACAAAACUAGUGUGAAUUUGAACAUGUUAAAGGUAUUGCAAAUUUAGUUGUGUUGUAUGGUAAGAGUGUCUGAGGAUGUCUUUUUCUGCUUAUGUUGAGGAAAAAAUAAGGUAUUUGGUUUGCAUAUUCUCAUAUCUACUUAAAAAGAAGGACAAAUAAAUAAGAUAGAAUAAACAAAAAAAUAAAUAAAAAUUUUUGACUUCUAAGGUCAGGGAUUGUCCAUGAAUGUACAGAUUUUAAUUUUUUAGAUGACUUUUGAA